AUGACUUCUUGCUCAGAGUUCUGUGGGUCGGAGUACACUGAGCAAACUCCAGGAUCGGCGAACAGCAGCCACCAGCGAUAUGGCGUUCGCUCUUACCUGCACCAGUUCUACGAAGAGUGUACCGCGUCUAUCUGGGAGCGCGAUGAAGAUUUUCAGAUCCAGAGAUCGCCGAACAGGUGGAGCUCUGUCCUCUGGAAGGUCUGUCUCGCGCUGGGAGCGUUGAUACUGGUUGCAGGGUUGUCAGUGUUGUUGGUGGGCUAUGCCACCCCCCCACGCAUCGAGGCGUUCGGUGAGGACGAGCUGCUCUUCGUGGAUGGGCGAGCCGUGCGCUUUAACCGGGCGCUGGACGCCUGUAAGCUGGCAGGAGCGGUGCUGUUCUGCGUGGGGGGCAGCGGCAUGGCUCUGGGGCUGCUCCUGGCGGCCUUCUCCCAGGGCGGCUCCAAGGAAGAGCACUACCUCCAGCACAAGUUCAAAGAGAGGCUGGCCGAAAUCCAGGCCUCCGUGCUCCCCGUGACCCGGGCGCCCACGCCCGGGGAGGCGAAGGUACCUGUCACCCUCUCAAAGGUGCAGAACGUCCAACCCAGCUCUGAAACCUGA